CCAAACGAGCCCUAAGAGUAAGCAUUGAAGAGGUUUUUGUAAUAGAAAAUAUGGACCCAUUUGGGUUGUGAAAACGAAACGAUAGGCUAUAUUGAGUCCACGACUGGAAUGAUGUUAAGUACGUUAAAUUGAAGGAGAGGUGUGGGGUUGAAGGUAUCGGAUACACAGGUCUAUUAUACACUUGUAUCCUUUUCCCAUUUCCAAACAUCCGAGUGUAGAGUUGGAAAAUUUUGGUGGAUAUUGAAGAAAAUGCUGAAUGAUGAAGUAGUGUUACAUCCAUGAAAGGUAUAUCUUUCUCACAAACACUAUCAGCCUUUGCACUAACAUACAUUGGCUGUGCUACAUGUAACAGCUACGUCAAACCCACAAUUGUUGCUAAGAAGAGCAACAAUUCCCACACACCCUCUGCUAAGGAUACUGAUAUGCCCCCUCCAAGGAUUACAUCAAAAUUGAAGCAGAAUUUGCAGUUCCUAAAAUUAUGGAAGGAGUUCCAAAAGAGAAAAUCCAGUACUCCAAAGCCUGCUACUAGUUAUCGUAAGAAGAAGGUGGAGAAGGAAGAACUGCCUGACGAUGAAGAGAUCUACCGCGAUCCUACAUUGGCACUAUACUAUACAAAUCAGGUAUUAGAUACUGUUGUUCCAGUCUUGCUUGUUGAUGGAUAUAAUGUGUGUGGAUAUUGGCCAAAGUUGAAGAAGCAUUUUAUGAAUGGAAGCCUUGACAUUGCUCGUCAAAAACUCAUUGAUGAACUUGUAUCAUUCAGUUUGCUAAGAGAGGUGAAAGUGGUGGUGGUGUUUGAUGCUAUGAUGUCUGGAAUGGCUACACACAAGGAAGACUUUGAGGGUGUUGAUAUAGUAUAUUCAAGUGAAACAUGUGCUGAUGCAUGGAUUGAGAAGGAGGUGGUCGCUUUAAGGCAGGAUGGGUGUCCAAAAGUAUGGGUUGUCACAUCUGAUCAUAAUCAGCAGCAUGCAGCCUAUGGAGCAGGGGCUUUUGUUUGGAGCUGCAAGGCAUUAAUCUCUGAGAUCAAAGCUUCACACAAGGAGGUUGAGAGAAUGCUGCGGGAACAUAGAUCUACUUCUAUGCAAGGUAAAUUGUUAAAGCACAACCUCGCUGCAGAAGUUGUGGAUGCUCUUAAGGACCUCAGGGACCAGCUUUCUCAAAAUGAGAUGCGCAGAUGACAAGUCUCACAAAAGGCUAUGUCAGAGACAAAACAGAAUUUUAAGUCAAUGGAUGUUAAGUUCUAACUGCACUAGUAACUUUGUGACAGUAUAUUUGGAUGAGUGUUAUCGAUACAUGUAUACUAAAUGUUUCAACCACACGUGUACAUCUUGUGCUGAUGAUACGUUAAACAUGCAAAGAUCAUGUUCCUGCCUCAAAUUAUGCAUAGUGGUCUAGUUUGCCUUGUU